ACUCUUCGGGUCUCUUCCGCAGCUGAAGCGGCUGCCGCAUGUGCACUUGUCGGGAGGCCCGCUGGGGCUGGGGGCCCUGUGCCACCAGCCCCAUGCUCCUCUUGAGCCUGCUUCUGUCUACAGCCCCGUCUGGCUUGCAGGGAGAGGAGACCCGCAAGGUAUCUCUGGAUGUACCAGAUUGGCUAGGCAGUCCCCAGAAUCUGCUGCACAUCCAGGCAGUAGGCACCAACUCCACCCUGCACUAUGUGUGGAGCACCCUGGGGACUCCAGCAGUGGUGCUGGUGGCCACCAACACCUCCCACAGUGUGCUGAGCAUCAAUUGGACCCGCCUGCUGUCUCCUGAGCCAGAUGGAGCCCUGAUGGUGCUCCCCAAAGACAGUAUCCAGUUUUCUUCUGCCCUCAUCUUCACCAGGCUCCUUGAGUUUGACAGUACAUCAGAUGCUGCAGCAAAGCCCCCUGGAAAACCAUAUCCUCCGUACUCCUUGGCCGAGUUCUCAUGGAAUAACAUCACUGACUCAUUGCAUCUUGAUGCCCUGAGCGCCACUUUUCAGGGCCACCCUAAAGAUGACCCAAGAGGGGCUUUUGCCAAUGGCAGCCUGGCCUUCAGGGUCCAGGCCUUUGCUGGAUCUGGCCGACCUGCUCAGCCCCCUCGCCUGUUGCACACAGCAGACACCUGCCAGCUAGAAGUGGCCCUGGUAGGGGCCUUGCCCCGAGGAAACCGCUCCCUCUUUGGGAUAGAGGUGGCUACCUUACAGCAGGACCUUGGCUGCCCCAUGAUUCAGGAGCAGCAUUCCAUCGAUGAUGAAUAUGCACCUGCAGUCUUCCAGCUGGACCAGUUGCUGUGGGGCUCCCUCCCAUCUGGCUUUGCACAGUGGCGACCCGUGGCUUUCUCCCAGGAGCAGGCUGGCCGCGCAUCAUCUCUGUCCUGCCAGGCUUCCCCUCUUCACCCAACCUGGGCUCACUCUCUUCCCCAGUCAUCUGUUGUCCAAGCCUUCUUUGGGCCCCAGCAAAACUACUGUACCUUCAGCCUGACAUUUGGGACUUCCACAGGCCCUGGCUACUGGGACCAACAUUACCUUAGCUGGUCAAUGCUUCUGGGUGUGGGCCCACCUCCAGUGGAUGCACUGUCUCCCCUCAUCCUGGUAAUCAUGGCGGUGGCUCUGGGUACUCCAGGACUCAUGUUGCUGGGGGGAGGCAUGGUCCUGCUCCUGCGCCGAAAACGUUCCUCAGAGUACCAGUCCAUAAACUAAGGCAGGACUGGACCUGCCAUGAGUGCCUUGAAUGUGGAGCUUGGAAGGUCAAUGUUCCCGCUGGCUGGCUCCUUCCAGCCUUUGUUCCCCACCCAUCUUGCUUUUCUUGAGAACCUCAUGGUCUACCUCAACUUCUUGAGGACUCCUAGGUGGGACUUCUUGUACACACUGGGGAGGGAUUUGGGUUGUUGCUAAAAGAAAGUCCCUCAUGGAUUGUCCCUCCAUGUUGUCAUUCCCUCCAUACCCUUUCUCAAGCUGGGCCUGGUGCAACACACCUGUAAUCCUAGCACUGGGGAGGCUGAGGCAGGAGGAUCACUGAGAGUUUGAGGCCAGCCUGGGCUACAUA